UAUUUGUUUCCUUUUUGGUUCUCUAACAUUUUAUUAAUUUUUACAAAGAUUUAAUGUUAUUAAUUUUUCUGUAAUGAAUUCCUUAAACUUAAGAGUUUCAACUACAAAGACGACAGAAAAUGUUAUCAAGAACGCCGAAACACGUAAACAUAUUGUCGUCCUCCCAGAGCCGAUUAAUAGUAAAAUUUCGAAUGAUAUUUUGAAGAAGUUUUUGGAGGCAGACACCAUAGCUAAGCAAAUAUAUGUUGUUAAAGAAAUUAGCCUUUCCCGUGAAAGUACUUCAGACGACAAACUUGAAUUUUUGAUUCAAAUUUAUUUCAAUAGCCCCUUAAAACAUCCGGUAAGAUCCCAAUGCUAUAAGUUAAUUAAAGACCAUUCAAAUAAAGAAGAAAUGACCUUAAAACUUGAUUCAUUUAUUUACAACAAGAUUGCUGAUCAUGAUAAUUGUGAAACAUUGCCAUGUGAAUAUAUAAAUUUCUGUGUAACUUCUCUCAGUGGAGGUUUUGAAGAUUUCCGAAAUCUGAGAAAUGUUCUUGAAAAACAUGCUGUACGAUUUCUUAAUUUGAUUCAUCACUCACUACAUAAAUAUUUAAAAAGUAUUCAAUCAAUAAAUUCGCCAUCUGCUAAAAAUGAGUUGUACCUCUUUGUGCAUAAUUCCAUAAGAGUGAUGUUGUUAUGUUUCCAGGAAUUUUUAGAGCAUCUUCGCAAUUUAUCAAUAAUUAAAAUCAUUUACACCAUACGAACUACGAACAUUGAUAUGUUUAGUGAUGUUUACAUACCAAUGGAUAUUAAAGCAAAUAUUGGUAUUCUGUUGAGUUAUAUUUCGCAGGCGGUUCAAAAAUAUGACAAUUGGCUAGAUGAAAUUAUUAAUUACAAGCCUUUAUAUUCUGAAGAAUACACAAAUAAUUGUUUUCAAUUAUGCACUUCGGUUGGAAUUUUAAACACUUUAAAGUCAGUAAACUUGGAGAAAAAGUUCAAUAAGAUAUAUGAAAUUGUUGAAAAAAUCAUCCUAAUUGCUAAUAAAUAUUCUUCAGAAUCCUGUAUGAUUUUAACUGGUACACGUUGUUUAGUUCAGUUUUCCAAAACUUUACAAAAUUUUAGUCUGGGAUGGAAAUUAAAUGAAAUUACACUUUGUUGUCAAUCACUAUUUAAUUAUUCAUUUUCCUAUUUUGAUCAUAACUUAGAAAAUAUUCGCCACAUGACAAAGGAUUUAUUGAGAAACGUUCUUAACAUAUCUGCUAAGUAUGAGCUGAAUGAACUGGUCAAUAAGAUUUACAUGUUUAUAAUACAAGAUGAUGUAUCAUUAUCUGUAAAAUGUAUAUUAAUUUCUAAUUUAGCCAAAGUUUUCGGAACACGCCAAAUUGUUGAAGAAAAAUAUAAAAAUAUAUUAGAUGAUUUUUUUACCACAGAGAAUUUUGAAAGAGAUUCAAAAGUUGCAAAUUGUUUCGAAAGUUUAAUACAAAAAAGCUAUUUUGAAAUGGAUUUACCAAAGUGGAAAAGUAUUUAUAUAAACUUCCUAAUCAAAGCCAUUAAUACAGUUAAUGAGGAUCAUAAAAAUAUAUAUCAAAGCCUGUUAGAGAAAUCCAUUAAACUUGCACCAGAUUUGGCUGAAUGCUUAUUAAAAGAUGAUCUUGGAGAUUUAGAACUUAAUAUAAAACUUUCUGUUUUGUGCACUGUACGCAAAAAUGGGAUAAAAUCAGAUUGUUUUAAUGCUCUAUUGCAAAAUAUUCCAGAUUUGAAAGAAACAUUCUUAUUAAGUUCGGAUGAUACAAUAAUAUCAGCUUUGAGACUAAUUGCGGAAAGUCACAAAAGUACCGAAGAAUUAACUGAAAUAGAAUGCGAUAGUUUACUAAUUUGCUUAAGGUAUCAUUCAAAUAGCCAAAAUCCUGAAAAGAGACAAAAGUUACUUGGAUUGUCAGCUAAAAUUUUAACAAGAUUUGAUAUAAACUUGAAAAAGGUGAUUAAAAUGGGAAGACAUGAGAAAGAGUUUAGAAAUCUUCAUUAUUAUUUUAAAUUUUUGAGGAAUUUGCUAGAUUUCUUAUGUCAAAAUUUAUUUGAAGGAUCGAAUUUUAGCAGAAGAUUGGUUUCUUUAGAAAUUUUAAAAAUAACCUUGAUAAUUAUCCAAAACACUGACUUGAAAUUAAACAAUUUUUUGCCAGAAAAUACUUUAAAUCUGGUUUUUUCAUGUUUGAGUGAUUCAUAUGAACAUAUCAAGGUUCUUGCAUUGGACAUCCUAAAAAUUUUCGUAGAUAUGAAAUAUGGUCGAUUUAUUGGACAUCAAACUUUGCUUACAGAUUUACUCGUAAGCAUUAAGCCAACCGAUUCUGUAACUGCGACUUACUAUCUAGAAUUUUAUUGUUAUUUGUACACAAUUGAAGAGUUUGUGAAAUUUUUUGAUAUUGAACAAAAUUUAAUUUUUCCUCUCUAUGAGCCAGUUAAAUUCUGUGCACUAAAAAUGGUACUGAAUAUAUUACAAUCUGGUAUUAUUAUUGGAAAAAAAUCAAUUCUACUGGCAGUAAUAUCAAAUCCGUUUUAUGGAUGUUUGCUAACAAUUAGACAAAUUUUGUCGCGAUUAGACUUUGACGAGCUUUGUAAAGAAGAUAUUUGGCGUGUUUUUAUAAAUGAUGUUAUUAUAGUAAAUAAGCAAGCUUCGAAUAUUGUCGCACCAAUUGUAAAUAGCUCCUCACCUGAAGGCUAUUUUCCGCAUGAUUUUAAUGAAUUUUCAAAAAUUUGUAAUGAAGAAUACACUACGGGGACCAUAAAUAAAAUCAACAGUUUUAACCGUUUUAACAUUUGCACUGUAAUAGAUAUUCCGAAACCCAAUCCUCAAAUGGUACUGGUUUGUGCCUGGAGAACUGUAAAAGAAGUAUCUUUAAUUUUAGGUGAUUUAUCUUUACGAUCAACUAUCAAGAAAAAAAAUGAUAAUAGUGUAAAUUACUUACUUGCACACGAUCAGAUUUUAGAAAUUGGGGAUCAUUUUAAACUUUUACUAUCAGAAACAAAACACCGCGGUGCUUUCGAACAAGCUUACGUGGGGUUUACAAAAUUGUGUUCAAAACUUUGGCGAACUGAUCAGGAGGAGUUAAAUGAGUUACCUAUGCAGUGGAUAGACGAAUUAAUUGAUAUAAUAUCAAAAGAUGAAAAAAUUAAUGAAAAAAUAUGUGCAACACGGCGCAGUGCAGGUAUUCCAUUUAUGGUACAAGCUUUAAUAACAUCAGAACUUCAAGUUGGUACUACUAAAGCUUUAAAGAAAUGUAUGAAAUUUCUUUUUGAAAUUUGUUAUAAUAAAAGCUAUAGCCCAGAGUCGAAGACUCAUAGUCUUAAUAUCUUGAGGGCGCUAUUUCGAUGUACUGAACUUAAUGAAGUUUGCAACGAAUAUAUUGCCGAUGGAAUUAUUUGCGCGAUCCAAGGCUAUGAUGGGAAUACGUGGUCGGAAAGGAACUCUUCUACCCUUUUAUUUGCAGCCUUAACAGUUAGAAUUUUUGGUGUACAAAGGACAAAAGGGGCGGACAAUUUAAGUAUUCGAAAUAAAAUGACUGGUAGAAUUUUCUUUUUGCGGUAUCCAAAACUGUAUGACUAUUUUUUAACUGAAUUAAAAGAAGCAAAAAUAAAAAUUGAAAACAAUGAAAAAUCUAAUAAAUUGCACCCGCUAUUGCUGAUUUUAAGCAGGUUAUAUCCGUCAGCGCUAGAGGGAACUGAAUGUCAUUUUAAGAUUUCAAUGUUUAUUUCAUUGAUUUCACCUUGUUCUGCAAGUAGAGAAUUACAAACAAGGGUAUUAAUUGCAAAAGCAGUGGCUGCUUUUGUGUCAAUAGAUUUUGUGGAAGAACAAAUAUAUACAAUUUUAAGCACACUAAAGACUAAAUUAACAGAAGAAAAAGGCUUAAAUUCAAACUACUUUCAAGGCCUUUUAUUACAGAUAUUGUAUAUAAUUAAACCGCUAAAACAAUUACAAUCCAAUUUAAUCAGUGAUAUUAUUGAGGAUUUAUUAACUUAUCAAAGCUUACUCAGCCUUAAUCCAGUUGUUAUGCGGACGGUUUUUCAAAUACUUCUUGAGAUUCUAAAAAAUAAAGUGACCAUUCCUUUGCAUCUUAUUGAACAAUUAAGCAUUAUGAAAAGAUCACCAACAUAUUUAAACCCUAAAUAUAGCGAAUAUUAUCCAAUUUUUAGAAAAACAUUUUGUAUAUUUAACUUGCAAAUUGAGUUUUUAAAUAAUAAAAAAUUAUAUGCUGAAAGUUUUUGGGAAACUCAACUGUAUGCAAUCAAUCGAAAAAACAUAUUUUUGUUAAGUUUCGAAGAAACAGAAACUUACUUAAACAUUAUUUUAAUGAUUUUAUUUAAAAAUACAGAAAGAUUUGGGGAUUUGAUUAGCGAAUAUGAAUGUCAUGACUCAGAAAUAGAUUUUGUUACAACCUUACCGGAUGAAUUUUUAAAAGAAUCAGCUUUAUAUUUUAAGUCUAGUCUUCCUUUAGGAUUGACAAUACAAGAAUUUUUAGAAAAAAAUGAAAAUUUUCAUGUAAAUACAGUAAUGAAAACUUUUGCGAUUUUAAGUCAUUUGAAUAUUUUAAAAGAAUACGAUAUAAAACAAAUAAUUGGUUAUAAUAAAUUAUAUCCUGUUGAUCUACAAAAUUCAAUUGCUAUUGUGAUGAACAGCUUUUUGGAAAAUAAUAAAACAAGUAUAAGAACAAAUCAAUUUGAUAUAAUGCAAUACGUUAAGAGUAUAUCGCAACCCUGGAAUAACUAUUCAUUGAGACUCACAUCAUCACUAAUAUUGAAGCAUUUAUUCAACGUUUUCGUUGAUAAUAUCAAACUAAAAGACGAAACAUUUGUAUCAGAAUUUUCUUCGGUAGUAUUAUGCCUUCUGAUGGACGAUGACAUUGACAUACGAGAAAACAUUUCAAAACUCGUCCUUGAAUUUUGUCCUGAAUAUUCUUCGAAAUAUCAAAAUAUUAUUUCAACAUUUGCUCAAAAAAUUUUUAUUGAAAGAUUAAGUGAAUUAUUGAUUAAAUUUAAUGGUUACGACAUCAAUUUGGUUCGACGAAUAUUUUGUCAUAUAAUCGUAAUUUUAACCGGAGAAUCCGAAACACAAUGCGAAAACGAAAAUAAUGACUUAGAGGUGUUUGAUAAAAAUGAAAUAAAUAUAUUUGCUGAACCACAGAAAGUGGUAUUGGAUCUUACAAACAUUUUUUUUGAAAAUUAUCGUGAGCCGCUUUAAUACAUUUUCUCACAAAUGAUUUUUUUUAUGUAUGUUUUAAAAUUUAAAUUAAUUUAAGAAGAAACCUUUAUGUAAAUAGCUUAUUUUAUUUAAAAAAAUUACAUGAUUAUUUUUAUAUACGGAAAAAAUCUCCAUGUAU